AUGUCCGACUCUGCAGAGACCUUUACCAACAUCGACGCAGCCCUGACAGACGUCGUCGAGCCUGGCGCUGACGCCAGCCAAGCCAGCCAGAUCCAUCUGACGGCUCAACACCCCUUGCCGUACUGGCUGGUCAAUGUGCCGCGAAACCAGUGGCCCGCGACAUGUCCGGACUUUCUCAAGGGUCUACCAGACAAGAACAUUGAGAUCUUGGCCACGUUGGAUGCGGACUACCGGCGGCUGAAUUGGGAUGGAGUCAAAGACCUAGUCAGGACAAACGAUAUUGGCAAGUUCCAGCGAGUCCCCUCGGAUUUGCGGCGGUACUUGGAGUACAUGUUCUACAUCAAGCAAAAAUAUGGCUCUGUCAUGGACUUUGUUCUCACGGAGCGGCUGCAUUGGGAUGCAGACGACUUGAAGCCACGGGGUCCUGCAUUCGAACAUGAUGACGAUUUCAAGGUCCUAUACAACGACUGGCCCUACGGCCUCGACCGGGAAAUCGUGCAUCUCGUCAUAUGGACCAAAUUCGACUUGGACGAGGACCCUGCCACGGGCCUGUUGACGCCCUCGAUGUGGAAAAAGAUUGAUGAUUACAUCGAAAAGACGUUUCGCUCUCGCAUUUCGCCGGACCAUAUCAUCUGGUUCAAGAAUUGGAAGUCGCUCAAGUCCAUACACGCCCUCGAGCAUUUCCAUGUCAUGCUGUACAAGCCGGACAGGGAUUUCAUUGCGGACAUCACGCACGGCGACGUUCCUCUUGUUGAGAAGAUCGCCCAGGGCGCAUGA